GCGGCGGCGCGCAGGCGCAGAGCGGGCGGCGGCGGCUCCGGGAGCAGCGUCGGGAGUUGCUCCGGGAAUUGUAUCGGGAAUUGCACCGGGAGCUGCAGUCAUGCCGGGACUUCUGCUGGGGGAUGAGGCGCCCAACUUCGAGGCGGAGACCACGCAGGGCCGCAUCCGCUUCCACGACUUCCUGGGAGACUCGUGGGGCAUCCUGUUCUCCCACCCUCGGGACUUCACCCCGGUGUGCACCACGGAGCUGGGCCGGGCGGCCAAGCUGGCGCCCGAGUUCAGCAAGCGCAACGUGAAGAUGAUCGCGCUCUCCAUCGACAGCGUGCAGGACCACCUCUCCUGGUGCAAGGACAUCAACGCCUACAAUGGGGAGCAACCCACAGAGAAGCUGCCCUUCCCCAUCAUUGCUGACAAGAACCGGGAGCUGGCCGUCAAGCUGGGCAUGCUGGACCCAGACGAGCUGGACAAGGAUGGGAUGCCCCUGACCGCUCGUGUGGUGUUCAUUUUUGGCCCGGAUAAGAAGCUGAAACUCUCUAUCCUGUACCCAGCCACCACCGGGAGAAACUUUGACGAGAUCCUGAGAGUGGUGGACUCCCUGCAGCUCACAGCAUACAAGAAGGUCGCUACCCCUGUGGACUGGAAGCCCGGUGACAGCGUCAUGGUCGUGCCCACCUUACCUGAUGAGGAAGCCAAGCAGCUCUUCCCCAAAGGAGUCUUCACCAAGGAGCUCCCGUCGGGCAAGAAGUACCUGCGCUACACCCCGCAGCCGGAGUGAGGGCUCUGUCUGUCCCUGCGUGCCGCUGGGAUGCCAGAGCCUCCCCGAGCCCAGCUCCCAUCCACAGCCUCGAACCGUCACUGCUGGGGCAGCACUAAACCCGCCCAGCCCUCCUGUCCCUUUCACGUCCCCUCAGAACUAAACCCCGGGUGUUUUCCUGCCUCGGGCCAGCCCUGCAAAGACGAGAUGAGCAGACCAGUGGGGCCUCUGUGGCUCCUGCUGUGGUGUCUCUCCCGUUUGGUCCCAGCCAUGCUUUCCCCAGAGGCGUGGUAAGAAGGGGUGUCCUGCUGGGACAGGGAGCUUUGGGGGCUCCAAGCUGCUGCGUGCCUUUCAGAGCAGCCAUCUAACCUUUGGUCCCGUGAGUAGCGGAGGAGCUGCAGAGCUAAAUCCCUCACUUCUUAACUGCUUUCUCAUCUCUUGCUGGAAGGUGAUUUGUUUCCAGGUCUUGUGGAAGAGGGAAUCAAGCGAAUAAACUGACCUUCAGUACUA